AAACAACUUGAUACAGAGUAACAGUAAAUCAGACAGAGCAGCUCCUACCAGCCCCAGCAGUGAAAUUGUAACCCUGUUGCAAGUAUUUUUGGCCGCUGAUAGGAACGAGUGAGAUCACUGCGGUCUCUUUUUCUCGGAUAGACUCAAGAGUUGUUCGGCAAGAGCAACGCAAGGGACCGUUUUCAGUCUUAAUUUCCUGCUAUAUCUCAAUAUUAUAUCACACUGGAAAUGUCCGAAAACAAGCCGAAUGAUGAACCGAAGUUAUCUACGACGGACAGGGUGGUGAAAUCUGUUCCGUUCCCCCCGAGUCACCGGCUGACGGCUAAAGAGGUGUUCGACAGUGAGGGGAAGCCCAAAGUGGACGUGCUGAAAGCUCACCUAACCAAGGAGGGCCGCGUGGAGGAAUCGGUGGCGCUGAGGCUCAUAGCAGAGGGCGGCGCUAUCUUGCGCGCAGAGAAGAACCUGCUGGACAUUGAAGCCCCCGUGACAGUGUGCGGAGACAUCCAUGGGCAGUUCUUUGACCUGAUGAAGCUGUUUGAAGUAGGAGGAUCACCAGCAUCUACGCGCUACCUUUUCCUGGGGGACUACGUUGACAGAGGGUAUUUCAGUAUUGAAUGUGUGCUGUACUUGUGGGCCUUAAAGAUCCUUUACCCAAAAACACUGUUUUUGCUGCGUGGGAAUCAUGAAUGUAGACAUUUAACAGAGUAUUUCACAUUUAAGCAGGAAUGUAGAAUUAAGUAUUCAGAGAGGGUGUAUGACGCAUGUAUGGACGCCUUCGACUGCCUUCCCCUGGCUGCACUUAUGAACCAGCAGUUCCUGUGUGUACACGGAGGACUGUCUCCAGAAAUCACAAAUCUUGACGACAUCAGGAAACUAGACAGAUUCAAAGAGCCUCCAGCAUAUGGACCAAUGUGCGAUCUGCUGUGGUCCGACCCCCUGGAGGACUUUGGGAACGAGAAGAGCCAAGAGCAUUUCACACACAACACAGUGCGAGGCUGCUCCUACUUCUACAGCUACCCUGCAGUCUGUGACUUUCUACAACACAAUAACUUAUUAUCUAUCAUCCGGGCCCAUGAAGCGCAGGAUGCUGGAUACCGCAUGUACAGAAAGAGUCAGACCACUGGCUUCCCAUCUCUUAUCACCAUCUUCUCAGCACCCAACUACCUAGAUGUCUACAACAACAAAGCGGCAGUGCUGAAGUACGAGAACAACGUGAUGAACAUCCGACAGUUCAACUGCUCACCUCACCCUUACUGGCUGCCCAACUUCAUGGACGUCUUCACCUGGUCCCUGCCCUUCGUCGGAGAGAAGGUGACUGAAAUGCUCGUGAACGUUUUGAGCAUCUGCUCCAACGAUGAGCUGACGACUGACGAGGAGCUGGACGGUGCCACAGCUUCUGCCCGCAAGGAAGUCAUACGCAACAAGAUCCGUGCCAUUGGCAAGAUGGCCAGAGUAUUUUCUGUGCUGAGAGAGGAGAGUGAGAGCGUGUUGACGCUGAAGGGCCUGACCCCGACAGGCAUGCUACCAAGCGGAGUGCUGUCCGGUGGCAAAGAGAAGCUGCAGAAUGAAACUGCAGCUACUAUUGAAGCUAUUGAGGCUGACGAAGCCAUCAAAGGCUUCUCGCCCCAGCACAAGAUCACGAGCUUUGCGGAAGCAAAGGGCCUGGAUCGCAUCAACGAGAGGAUGCCGCCGCGGCGAGAUGCCCUGCCCUCCGACGCCAGCCUGAACUCGCUCAACAAGGCCCUGUCCUCGGAGACCAACGGCACGGACGCCAAGGGAAGCACCAGCAGUGGCAGCAACAUCCAGUGAAGGCCAGCAGAAUGGGCGCUAGCUUGGCCGAUGGGGCCAACCCGCCCCCAGCCUCAUCACGGCCCGCCAACACAGAAAAGGGGUGAAGGAGUGUUAAGAGAGCGGAGGAGGAGAGGCAUCUACGGCUCACACUGGGGGGGGGACAUCUCACUUGCUAGUCUUUGGAUAUGCCUUCAAAAUAUUAGUUCAUAGUCAAAUCUGCUAAGUUAUUGCCGGUUCACUUUUCUGAUUGGUCAGGCCUUUGUUGUGCUUGAUUGUCCACCACACUGCAGUAUGUCAGAGAGAGAGAGAGAGAGAGAGAGAGAGAGAGGGGGGGGGGGGGGGGACAGAGAGAGAUCUUAAAGCUGACUUCUUUUAUUCUAUUUCUUGAACGACCCUUGCUCAUUGACACCGAAACGGAAAGUCGUGUUAACUUCUUACUAACUAUUGUACGUUUACAAAAAUACAGCACUAAAAGGACAGAACAUGAGAUAAUGUUUUUAACAUAUAAGGGUGUACAAACUAAAUAAGGACUAUUUAUUGAUAACUUUUUUUUGCUACUCUUUUAAAAUAGCUCUGAAAAUUAAUUAGGCAGUCUUAAAAAGAAUGUUGCAAUGUUGUCGAAAUGCCAAAUAAUGGAACGUUUUAUGGUUUUGUACAUAUUAUGCUUACCUCAGGUUCUUUUGGUGUGUGCUUUGACCUGAUUUUUCUGUAUAAUGGCUAAAUAACUCCGUAAUGAAUACCUAUUUUCUUGAGUUUCAUAACUGGAAUUUACAUUUACCUAUCUAUCAUUUGCAAAUAUGUUUAUUUUUUGUCUCUUUUGGAAGGGAAGGGGGGGGUAGAUUUAUCGUGGCUUGCUGGAAUUGAGUGUUAAUUUUUCUCUUUUUAAGUAUUGCGAACAAAGUAAAAAUAGAGAACCUAUAUUGUGUAAAAAAAAGAAUACAAUAAACUUCAAGUGUCUGCCUAUGCAUGUUUUAUAAAAAUCAAACAAAGGAAAUAGAAAAUCUGAAUACCUUGGCUGUGGAGGCCUGUUUUGAAAUAUAUUGCGCUUUAGUGAACAUAUACUGGAUAUAUCUGCAUAGUUUCAAUUCAAACCAUGAUGCUCUAUGCCUUCAACUUCUUUUGUAAUUGAAGCAUUUAAUGAUCUACGAUGGAUGAGAAAUCAUAUUUUUAACCUGCGCUUGUCAGUGCACACAGUCCAAUUAAGCAUGUUUGACAAUUCUUGUGAGGUGUGUGGUUACAUGUGUAACUCAAAAAUGCAUGAUUAGCUGUUUGUGUCAUAUAACAGGUAAAAUCGGUUUUGUUCUGUUUUGUAAAUGUGCCACAGAAAGUGUAAUUUGAUUCUUAUUACUACUAUUAUUUGGAACUCUGCUUUGUAUAUCAGUUACAGGUUUGAUACUGCUCAAUACUUUAAGAUGAAACAAAAAAAAAAAAUACUUCAAUCUUUUUUAAGAACUGCUUAAGUGCCCAAGUAAUUCACUACACGACAUGAAGCCUUGCUUUUGUAAUUUAACUUCAAAACUGUUGGCAGAUGAGGCAUGCACUUGCAACUAUGAAAAGUAUUUUAUAUAACUGUUCAAUAAAAAUGUGCAUGAAUUUCAACUUGAAAUGAA